GUUGCCAUGACCACCGCGCUCUGCCCGCUCCGCGCCCUCGGACGCUCCGCGCUGCGGCCCCCGGGGCUCCCCCGCGCUCGCCGCCUCCACCUCAGCGCGCACAGGCAGGAGGCUGUUGUGAUCUCUGGGAGGAAGCUGGCCAGGCAGAUCAGGCAGGAGGCCCGGCAGGAGGUGGAGCAGUGGGUGGCAGCUGGGAACAAGAGACCCCACCUCAGCGUGGUCCUCGUGGGUGCAAACCCUGCCAGCCACUCCUACGUCCUCAACAAGACCAAAGCAGCUGCUGACGUUGGAAUCAGCAGUGAAACCAUCCUCAGGCCAGCAUCUGUCACUGAGGAGGAGCUCCUGGAGCUGAUCAGCAAACUCAACAAUGAUGCCAAUGUGGAUGGGCUCUUGGUCCAGCUUCCUUUGCCUGAACACAUUGAUGAGAGGAAGAUCUGCAAUGCUGUGACUCCAGACAAAGAUGUUGAUGGCUUCCAUGUCAUCAACGUGGGACGCAUGUGCCUGGACCAGUAUUCCAUGCUGCCAGCCACCCCCUGGGGGGUGUGGGAGAUCAUCCAGAGAACUGGCAUCCCAACGCUGGGGAAGAACGUGGUGGUGGCAGGCAGGUCCAAGAACGUGGGGAUGCCCAUUGCCAUGCUGCUGCACACUGAUGGCAGGCACGAGCGCCCGGGAGGUGAUGCCACAGUGACAAUCUCUCACCGGUACACGCCCAAGGAGCAGCUGAAGCAGCACACCAUCCGUGCAGACAUCGUGGUGGCUGCAGCAGGCAUUCCCAACCUGAUCACAGCUGACAUGAUCAAAGAAGGAGCUGCAGUUAUUGAUGUGGGGAUAACCAGAGUGCAGGAUCCUGUCACUGCCAAGUCAAGGCUGGUGGGAGAUGUGGAUUUUGAAGGGGUGAAGAAGAAAGCCAGCUACAUCACUCCAGUCCCUGGGGGUGUGGGGCCCAUGACAGUGGCCAUGCUGAUGAAGAACACCAUCAUUGCUGCCAAGAAGCUCUUGAAACCCAAGGAGCUGGAAGCAUUAACUGCUUAACACGGGACUUGUUAGCACUGAAACCAACAUUCCAAAGUGACUCCCAAACAGGCCGAUAGAAAACAUGCAAUAUUUUUAUUUAUUGCCUUGGAGGGGGGAAUUUCUUCCCCUGAGGUCACAGCUAUUUAUUGGCAGCUGCAGCUUAGGCACAAUAGUUGGACUAAGGUGUCAGCAUCUCCACUCCUGCCUUACUCCUGCUUGUGGUUAAGCUCUUGUAGGAAGCUCUCCCUGCUCUUGCAGGGGAAUCCUGGCUGUGCAGCUUUCCUGGGAGUUUGGUGAUUCCAUGGGAACCACUGCAUGGUGCAAGGCAGGACCUGCAGGGUUCCCUCUCUUCUCUUGACUGCUCCCUCUGGCUGGGUUGCUGGUGUGGAACUCGUGCUGAAGUCUUCUACUCAAGGCUGGAUGUUUUGUUUGCAGUUCAGCUCUUCUGUAGAAGAAGUUACUUGAAAAAAACA